GUUCCAGAAACACAUAUACCCUCUAGAUAUAGCAUAAGACAACAAUACACCAACUUCUCUUCUAAAUUUAGCAAAAAUCCACAAUGUUGAUAUCUUGUCAAUCGCAGAAUCAUAGCUGACAUUUGUUAGUAAUUUUGUUAAACACAAAAAAAAAAAACAAACAUAAUGCAAAACCAUUUUUUUUUUCCCAUUGCAGUUUUUCUACCUCAAAAGUACAAACCCUUCUGUUUGCGGUGGGGGUGGUGGUGGUGGUGGUUGUGGCCAUUCAUGGUCAUAGCAAUAGCUGCCUAUGGAAAGUGGAACCUCACCGGCAAGGAAGGUAAUGGUGGUGGCUGAUCCAUCCCGCGAAUCAGCAGGUGCACUUCAAUAUGCACUUUCCCAUGUGGUCGUAGAGAAUGAUGAGCUUAUACUUCUUCAUGUUGAAAAUCCAAAUUCUUGGAGGAAUACAUUUUCUUUCCUAAGAAAAUCUAGUUUUCCUUCAAGCUCAAAAUUCUUGGAUGAACACAUUUUCAGCUUAGAAGGAAGUGGCGGUAUCAAUUUUCUUGAGGCAAUGAAGCAUAUAUGCGAGCUUGCUCAGCCUAAAAUCCGUAUCCGGAUGGAAAGGAUGCAUAUGGAAGCAAAGGCAAAGGACAACAAAGAUAAGGCUAAUGCUAUUCUUGGUACAAGCAUGAUGUUAGGAGUUGACCUAAUUAUUAUUGGGCAAAGGCGAAGUCUUUCUAGUGCAUUAUUAGGAUACAAGAGGUCGGGCAGCUCAGGAAUGAAGGGGUUAGACACAGCAGAAUAUUUGAUUGAGAACAGCAAGUGCACCUGUGUUGGAGUACAGAAAAAAGGCCAAAAUGGAGGCUAUCUUCUGAAUACAAAAACCCAGAAAAAUUUCUGGCUUCUAGCAUAAUCACUUUUCUGCAAUCAUCCCAACUUGCCAUGCCAGCAUGCUUGGUCAAGAUCAUGCCCUUUUAAGUUGGCGUAGUCAUUGAAGAUCAUGAUUACUUCUUUGUUGAAAUGAAAACUUCAUAUCAAAUCAAUAGUUAUAAAUGUGG